AUGUCGCCAGUAUCAUCUAUAAUCGAAAACCUCGUUGCGGCGGGCAAGGCGUACGAGAACAAUGAGCCCGGCGCAAGAGAGGCGCUCAUCGACAACAGUCGCGCAUUGGUGACUUCACUCGAGAUCCCCAGUGAAUUCUUACAGCGCGUUUUCUGGGCUGAGCCAGCUCAAUCCGCCAUAAUCCGUAUCGCCGUCAAUGUCAAACUAUUCCAACAUCUCAAAGAAGCCGGCGACGCCGGGCUCAGCGCCGAAGAUUUGUCUGCAAAGACGGGCAUGGAUAUUGUACUCCUCCAGCGUCUGGCGCGACACCUCGUCGCAAUGUUUCUUCUCACUUUCCGCAACGGCGCAUUCCACGCCACGGAAAUGAGCAACGGUCUCGCCGAGGAAAACUACCAGCACAGCAUCGCAUUCUGCUACGAUACCGCGCGCCCUUCGUUCAACGGCUUUCCCGAAUUCUUCCAACGCACAGAAUACAAAUCCCCCGGCCUGGGCUCGCUCGAUGGGCCCUUUCAGAGUGCGCACAACACGCAAUUACCCUUCUUUGAGUGGCUAGUUGCUACACCGCCGAAUCUACAGCAUUUCGACUCCUUUAUGAGUGCGUACCGAGCUGGGAAGCCGAAUUGGUACGACCCAGGUUUUUACCCUGUUGCGGAGCGGAUGGUGACGGGUUUCGACGCCGCCGAAAGUGACGUGUUGCUUGUCGACGUUGGUGGUGGACGAGGCCACGACAUGGCGCUGUUCUGUGCGCAGCACAAGGCUUCGUCGCCGGGACGAGUGGUGCUGCAAGACCGUGAGCCGGUCAUUGCUGGUGUCCUGGCGGCUACGCAAGACGACCUCCCCUUUGAAGCACAGGCGCACGACUUUUUCACCCCGCAGCCCAUCAAGGGUGCGCGCGCAUACUCGCUGCACUCUAUUCUGCAUGACUGGAGUGAUGAAGACGGCGUCAAGAUUCUACAGAACCUCGUUCCGGCGCUGAAACAGGGGUACUCGCGCGUGCUGUUCAAUGAGAUCGUCGUCAGCGAGGAGAAGCCUACCCUCGCAGCGACGAGCAUGGAUCUGAUGAUGUUAGCCCAUUUCGCGGUGCGGGAACGAACCGAGGCGGAGUGGCGGGGGRUCCUUGAAAAGGCUGGCCUGAAGAUUGUCAAUAUCUACACGUAUCCUGGUGUUGCGGAGAGUUUGAUUGAGGCGGAAUUGGCUUGA